UGACAUUGUCUCCCAUUUUUUGUCUAGCCCAAAGUAAUUUGUUUUUUUGCUUAAUAGUGCACUGUGAUCAUCUAUACAGGAAGUGGGUGUUGCGACAUUUUUACCCCUGACUGGUUGACACCUACAAACGUCUUCCGAGAUGGCCAUGGAGACGGCCAGGUUGGUCGACGGCUACGACGACUUCAGCGAUGAAGAAGAAACACCUCUCAACGGGCCAACAGGCGAAGAGCCAAGAAAACCAUGGGAUCCGUUCCGGACGAAGCCGCCGAAGGACACGACUGGCUCGUUGGCAAACGCGGCUGCUGUGGAAGCCUUUUCUCAAAUCGCCAAAGUCAUUGCCUACAUCGUGACGUUCUGCAUUUUUCUAAUGGGUGCUGUUAUUGCUAAAGGAACUCUCCUCUUCAUGACGUCGCAAAUUAAAAUAACGGAUAAGAAACCGGACGUUCAACAUCCCUACUGCAGCACCCGUGCCGGAAGAGAAAUUGAAGCCUCCGUCAGCAUGGAAGAGCGUGUUGGUUGGGUGUGGGCCAUUUUCUUUUGUUUCCUCGUGCCCGAAUUCUUCAUGUGGUUUCGUUCGACUCGUAUUUGCCUCUUCCGCACGUGGAAGAAACCAACCACGAUGGAAUUCUCUAUCAUCGCUACGUUUGAAACGUUACACGUUAUCGGCUUGGCCCUAUUGGUCUACUUGGUCCUGCCUAAUUUGAAAGUAGUCGAAGCUGUCAUGUUGACCAAUUGCGUCUGCCUCGUUCCAGCCCUUCUCAAAUUUUUUUCACGCUUCAGAGAUGGGACGAACGAACGAACCCUUCCUUAUUUGCUAACAGCGGACAGUUUGGCCAUCCUCGCCCAGCUGAGUGGCCUUUUUCUGUGGGCGGCGCUCAAUUGGUCAGCAACCAACAAUGUCGUUUGGAUCUUGCCCUUUUCUCUGUUCUUCACGUCGUUCGGAUGGUGGGAGAAUUACGUGGAUAAAGACUCACCUUUCGUCGUUAUCAAAUACCUGGGAGGAAUCAAAGAGAAUUUGAAACGGACUCGCUAUUUCAGCUACGUGUUCUUGACCGUUUGGAAGACCGCGGUUUUCUUCGUUUGCAUGUUGUGCAUCGAUUGGAUCUUUGUCGGAUCGGUGAGCCACUUGUUCGACUAUUUUUACAUCUCUUUCCACGAACACCCGUACAACGUGACCGAGAUUAAACUGCCUGAUCAAGCGACGCGAUUGACAAGUGCAGUGGCCGGAUCGAUAGGAAGUGCGUCCCAAACCGAAACUCUGACCGCCUGGCCCCAUACGGCCGCUUACGUUUUCUGCAUUCAAGCCGGAACGGCUUUGGCUUGUUUCUUGGCCGGGAAAUUCGCUUGUAAAAUCCGUAUCCAGGGAAUCGGUUUCGCUCUGCCCAUCAACCUGUCCGUACCUACGACCAUCACUCUGCUGAUUACUUUCUGCGGAUUGAAAAUGGGCAACGCCUGCAUGUUCUCCGACGUCAUUCCGCCCCAUUUGUUCUUCGAAUGCCCCGACGGUGGUUACCUGCUGGCCACGUUGACCAACCAACACGCCUGGGCGUGGGUCUUUUGGAUCAUUUCUCAGGCGUGGAUCACGUCCCACAAUUGGACCCCGAAAUGCGGAAGACUCGCAACCACCGAGAAGCUCUUCGUCUACCCGUUUUACAAUGCGUUCCUAGUUGACCAAUCGAUGGCGAUGAGUAGGAGACGUGACGAUGAAGUCGAAGUUGAGACCAAACAAUUGAAACAAAUCGAUUCGACUGAUGUGGAGUUGAGUCAAAAGUACGGCGAGGAUGUGAUGCCUAGCCCGGCCAUGAACGAUUCGGACUCGGAGGGCAGUGAUGAUUCGGCUGAAGAUCGAGUUAGACCUACCGAUCACAUCACUCGCAUCUACACUUGCGCUACUAUGUGGCACGAAAACACGGAAGAAACGGUCACUUUCUUAAAGUCAAUCUUUUACCUGGAUCAGGAUCAAAGUUCCAGGAGAUUAGCUCAACAAUACUUGAGGAUUGUCGAUCCGGAUUACUACGAAAUUGAGACGCACAUCUUUUUCGACGACGCGUUCGAGCUGAGCGACGACGAUGAUGACGAAAUGGUUGUCAACUCUUACGUGAAAAUGUUGAUCGACUGCAUGGACGAGGCGGCUAGCUUCGUCCACCAGACGAACGUCCGCGUUCGGGCGCCCAAAAAGUACCCAACACCUUACGGAGGUCGUCUAGUUUGGACUCUGCCGGGCAAAACGAAAAUCAUUUGCCAUUUGAAAGACAAACAGAAGAUUCGCAACAGGAAGAGAUGGAGUCAGGUUAUGUACAUGUACUACCUGCUGGGACACAAACUGAUGGAACUGCCCAUCUCUGUGGAUCGCAAGGAAGUCAUCGCUAGCAACACUUACUUGCUGGCCCUCGACGGCGACAUUGACUUUAUGCCCGACGCUGUCCGACUACUCAUUGACUUGAUGAAGAGAAAUUCCAACUUGGCCGCUGCUUGCGGUCGCAUUCAUCCUGUCGGAUCAGGUUUAAUGGCCUGGUAUCAAAUGUUCGAGUACGCUAUCGGCCAUUGGCUCCAGAAAGCCACCGAGCACAUGAUUGGCUGCGUGUUGUGCAGUCCCGGAUGCUUCUCCCUCUUCCGCGGCAAAGCUCUGAUGGACGACAACGUUAUGGCCAAAUACACGACUAAAUCGAGCGAAGCCCGUCACUACGUCCAGUACGAUCAGGGCGAAGAUCGUUGGCUGUGUACCCUCUUGCUCCAAAGAGGCUACCGUGUCGAAUACUGCGCAGCUAGCGAUGCCUUCACUCACUGCCCGGAAGGAUUCGAUGAAUUUUACAAUCAACGUCGUCGUUGGGUUCCCUCCACAACGGCCAACAUCCUCGAUCUUUUGGGCGAUUACGAGAGCGUCACCAAAGUGAAUGACAACAUUUCAUUCCCUUACAUUUGCUAUCACAUUAUGCUGAUGAUUGGAACAGUUAUCGGACCUGGAACUAUUUUCCUUAUGAUCGUCGGUUCUUGGAGUGUAGCUUUCCACGUUGACAACUGGACAAGUUUCUGGAUCAAUUUAGUGCCCAUCUUGCUUUUCAUCAUUAUUUGCCUAACAACGAAAGCCAAAUUCCAGGUGUUUGUUGCCCAGAUUAUGAGCGUCGCUUAUUCGAUUGUCAUGAUGGCCGUCAUGGUGGGCAUCAUCCUGCAGUUAUCCGAAGAUGGAUGGCUAUCGCCGUCGGGCAUCUUCUUGGUCUUUACGGCCUCCAGUUUCAUCGUGGCCGCCUUGUUACAUCCCCAAGAAUUCUGGUGUUUGCCUUGCGGUCUUAUCUAUUACUUGACCGUACCCUCCAUGUAUUUGUUGCUCAUCAUUUACUCGGUCUGCAACCUGAACAACGUCUCAUGGGGAACGCGUGAAGCCCCUCAGAAGAAGAAGAAAUCAAGCAGCGCCGAUGAGGCCGCAGCGGCCGCUAUGGCGGCAGCUCAGAAGAAGAACAAGGGCAACGCUUUGUUGAGCUUCUUCCAACAGACGACAAAAGACAAGCCAGAAGACGAAGGAUCAGUCGAGUUCUCUUUGGCCGGCCUCUUCAAAAUUAUGUGCUGCGUCCACCGCAAGCCGGACAACGGCGAGAAACAUCAACUGCUUUGCAUAUCCGAAUCGCUGACAACUCUUAAUAAGAGAUUGGACAGUAUCGAGAGGUUUAUUAAUCCCAACUUCUCCGGACCUCGCAAGAGUUUCUCACGAGGCGGUUCGACCAGAGGAUCCGUCCGCGGCGGAAUUCCGCUAUCGUCGUCUUCGGGCAGUGCCAAAGUCAAUGACAUUGAAAUGAAUAAUUUGAGCGUUGUCAACGAGAUGGACGACGAGGAAGUGUACGACGAUUACAGCGAUGAUAACAGCGAAAAUAGCGAAAUGACAGCUAUGAAAGAGGAGCGAGAUCCUCUUAUCAAUCCUUACUGGCUGGAAGAUAAGGCCCUCGUGCGGGGUGUCGUGGAUUUCCUCACCGGACCUGAAAUUCAAUUCUGGAAGGAUAUGCUCGAAAAGUAUUUGUACCCAAUCGAUGAAGACAAAGCCGAACAGGCUAAAAUCGCUGCGGCACUCAAGGACCUCCGCAACAAGUCCGUGUUUACAUUUUUCAUUCUAAACGCGCUGUACGUGACGAUUGUCUUCCUGAUGACCCUGGAGAAAGACAAAGUGCAUAUUGAUUGGCCCCUCGGCAUUCAAUACAACAUCAGCUACGAGUAUUUCGAUCCUCCAGGCUGGCCAACGGUUAAUGUUGAAAUGACGUAUCUACAACUCGAACCUAUUGGUAUGGUCUUCCUUUUGAUGUUCGCCUCGGUCAUGAUUAUCCAGUUCGUCGCCAUGUUCUUCCAUCGUUUUGGAACACUCUCUCAAAUCAUUGCCACCACCGAUAUCAAGGCCUGCAGUAAAAAGAUGGACGACGUAUCGGACGAAGCCUACCUGGAGAAGAACGCUAUUAAGAUCGCCAAAGAAUUGCAACAAUUAAAAGGCGCAGACGAUGACGAAGAGGACAAAUAUUCCGAUCGCAAAGAUCACGUUAGCCGCCGGCGUACUAUCCACAAUUUGCAACAAUCGCAGAAGAAGACCCAAUUCACGGGCAACUUGGACGCCGCCUUCCGUAAACGUAUCGAUUCAAUCAGCGCGAAUAUCGAUUCCAAUGAUCCGAACGUGAGGAAUAGACUGUCGGUACGAAGAGACACGCUGCACAAGUUGGCCAGCCGUCGUAGUACGGUCAUGAACGAAGUCAGGCGAAGAUCAUCCGUCGCGUUCCAGGCGCACGACGCCAUAAAAGCGCGUCGCCGAUCCAGUAUGGCCAUGGCAACCAAUCACGAAAACGAUUUCGAAUAAUCGUGAUUUGCGUUCAACAACUAUAGCUCUAUUACCUUAUCUUUUUUGCAGCAGCAG